GCCGGCAGGGGCGGGCUCAGAGAGGUUGGUUGGCGCGUCGCCGCAGUGGAAAGGUCCGGGAAAGUUUCUUUGGAGGUCCGGCCCGGUGCGGCCAUGUCCCACGGUCCCAAGCAGCCUGGAGCGGCCUCCGUGCCUACAGGCGGCAAGACUCCGGGCCCACAGGGGGGUUUCGUGGUGGUCAAGCAGGAGCGCAGUGAGGCCCCUCGUACCAGCGACAAGGGCACCCACGAGGAGGAGCCGGUGAAGAAGCGAGGCUGGCCAAAGGGCAAGAAGCGGAAGAAGAUCCUGCCGAAUGGGCCCAAGGCACCGGUCACAGGCUAUGUGCGCUUCCGGUACCUGGAUGAGGCAGAGAGGGAGAAGCAGCAGUAUAUGAAGGAGCUGCGGGCCUACCAGCAGUCUGAGGCCUAUAAGAUGUGCACUGAGAAGAUCCAAGAGAAGAAGAUUAAGAAAGAGGACUCCGGCUCGGGGCUCAUGAACACGCUCCUGAACGGACACAAGGGUGGGGACUGCGAUGGCUUCUCUACCUUCGACGUCCCCAUCUUCACUGAAGAAUUUUUGGACCAAAACAAAGCGCGGGAGGCAGAGCUGCGACGCCUGCGGAAGAUGAACGUGGCUUUCGAGGAGCAGAACGCCGUGCUGCAGCGGCACACGCAGAGCAUGAGCAGUGCGCGCGAGCGCCUGGAGCAGGAGCUGGCGCUGGAGGAGCGGCGGACGCUGGCCCUGCAGCAGCAGCUCCAAGCAGUGCGUCAGGCUCUCACAGCAAGCUUCGCCUCGCUGCCCGUGCCUGGCACUGGAGAAACCCCAACCCUCAGCACCCUGGACUUCUACAUGGCCCGGCUGCAUGGCGCCAUUGAGCGAGAUCCCUCGAGGCACGAAAGCCUCAUUGUGCGCAUCAAGGAGAUCUUGGCCCAGGUUGCCAGCCCUCUCAGCCCCAGAGAAAGCACUGACCACUGAAGAAAAGAUGAAACCCCAGGAUCGCGGGGCUCAGAGGGACUCCCAGGCCCUGAGGCAGUCCCAGGACCCACAGCACAUGCCUCAUGAGAG